UAUUUUACAAACGCGUUCUGUCUUGGCGGCACGGGCUUCCGUACGUAAACAAACGUCCACGUGACUUCCUGAGCGGUGGCCUUCCCGGGUUGGGGGUUUGUCGCUCGAUCCUCGUCUGCACCGCGAUCUAGCACAUUUAAAGUCAGUUUCUGGCACAACGAGGAACUGGUGAGAGAAAGAAAAUGGCUGGAACAAUGUGGACGUGCAGUGCGCUGCUGAUGAUGCUGGCUGUGAUCAGCAAAGGGGGCCAUCCUAUCGGAUUCCAGCCAGAACAAAUGCACUUGUCUUUUACUGGUACGCGACAGAAAACACGGCUCGGUUAAUGUUCUUGCAAGCUAUAGAACCACUUGGAGGUAAAGCAGACACAAUUGUCACACAGUUUUUAAGGCCAGAUUAUUUACAGGGAACCCACGUUCCAUCAUGGUGACAUGGGUGACGACCAAUAAAACGGACUCGAUCAUUGAGUAUUCGCGCUUUGGAUCCAAGCUCUUUGGGUUGAAGGCCAUUGGAAGCAGCACUAUUUUUACAGAUGGGGGAGUUGAGAAGCGUUUCAUGUACAUCCACCGGGUCCUCAUCAAAGAGCUGGAUCCUGGAGCACAAUAUGUCUACCACUGUGGGAGCACAGAUGGCUGGAGUGACAUGUUCUUUUUUUCGGCCAUGCGGGAGGGGUCUGACUGGAGUCCCCAACUUGCUGUCUUUGGAGACAUGGGUAACGAGAACCCACAAUCCCUAGCUCGCCUGCAGAAGGAGACUCAGAUGGGCAUGUAUGACGCCAUACUGCACGUCGGUGAUUUUGCUUACGAUAUGGAUGAGGACAAUGCCAGGAUUGGAGAUGAAUUUAUGAGACAGAUUGAAUCCAUCGCGGCCUAUGUACCCUACAUGACAUGUCCUGGAAAUCACGAGAAUGCAUACAAUUUUUCAAAUUACAGAAAUCGGUUUUCCAUGCCUGGAAACACAGAAGGCCUCUGGUACAGCUGGAACAUUGGUCCUGCACACAUCAUCUCCAUCAGCACAGAGGUGUAUUAUUAUACAGACUAUGGCCUGGACCUUCUGCUUAAGCAAUACGAGUGGCUCAAGAAGGAUCUAGAGGAGGCCAGCUUGCCAGAGAACAAAAAACAGACUCCUUGGAUUAUCACAAUUGGACAUCGGCCCAUGUACUGCUCCAACAAUGAUACCGAUGACUGCAAGUCAUUCAACAGCCGGGUCCGAACGGGAUUCAACUCGAGCUCAGGAGUGAUGCCUGGCUUGGAGAAACUUUUCUUCAUAUAUGGUGUCGAUAUUGAGUUUUGGGCUCAUGAGCAUUCUUAUGAGAGGCUGUGGCCAAUCUAUGACUACAAGGUUCUCAACGGCAGCAGAGAAUUUCCGUAUGUGAACCCCAAAGGGCCUGUACACAUCAUCACAGGCUCUGCGGGAUGCAGAGAGAGGGUUGAUCCAUUCGUUCCUCAUGCUAGAGACUGGAGUGCUUUCAGGAGCUCUGAUUACGGAUACACACGUUUGAAGAUCCAGAAUGGCAGCCAUGUAUACCUGGAGCAGGUCUCCGAUGACCAGAGUGGCAAGGUGAUUGACAGUAUGUGGCUCAUCAAAGAAAAUCACGGCGUUGCAGCAUGGGUUUGAACUUGCAGAGAUAAAAAAACCAACCAAGAUUCACCAUCACAAUUGAUUGCUCUGCUACUGAGUAAUUGUUCUUUUUAAAAAUUGUGAAUUUUUAAUAAUGCAAUUUUUUAAUGCAAUUAUGCACUUUAUAAAGAAAUGCAGAUGAUCAUUUUACAGCAUGUUUAAUUUUGCUGAAAUAAUGUUAUUCAUGUACAUUUUCACAAGCAAUAUAUAUGUACAGAUAUCUGUCAAUGCCCUGCUGCAUGGAGGUGUACAUUUAACUGCUUACAAUUUUGCAAAUGUAUUAAUAAAAUAAAUCACAGCAGACUGAC